CUUUGCCCAGCCAGGCUCUUAAUUUUCCAGAAGGAGCUGAAGAGGAAACAAAAACAGCCGAAGAAGUCAGGUGAAGGAGACGUACUCUGAUCUUUCACUUAAACCAUUUUGUACAGAUCUUCCUUGAGCACGCAGAGAUGGGUCAGUGGAGCUGCAGCCUGUUGGUAGUGUUUUCUCUAUUUGGAGCUCUUACCAGAGAGGCUCAUCAGGCCUUUGUACUCAAUGUUGGGGAACACAAUGGGGCUCAGAGACAUCUACUGGAGGCAGAAGACAACCACACCACCAUCAACAAUACUGAACAUAUGGGGGCGUCAGAUAAAGGCGUAGUGACUCCAAAGUCUCUGGAGUGGUCCUACUUGGCUGCAGGGCUCGGCACUGUCCUCACCAUCUCCCUUCUCAUUGUGAUGACCGUAAAGCUCCGCCUCUUCCACCGCUUCAUAGCCAGCUACAGACACUCUCUGCUCCAGGAGUCAGACGGAGUCAGUCAGUACGGACAGGAGCAGGCGACAUUUCCCAGCAGUGGGAUGGGGAGAAUGAGCAGGAUUGGAGGGACUCCAGGAGAACUGGACGAGGACGAUGACGGCUUCAUCGAGGAUAACUACAUCCAGACCAGCGAGAAAGACAGAGCAGAGAGGGAGAGGGAGGAAGAGGAAGGGGAAGGGGAGGACGACAUGGAGGACAGCGACGAUGAUCUGCAGUUCACCAUCGGAUGAUGAGACAAAGGGAGAUUCUUGCAAGAACAGUUUGCAGCUGAUAUUAAAUGACACUUUAAAUGAAAUGUGAUCAACAGUUGGCACGUAACCUCUCUGGCAUGUGACUCCUUGAAUUAUACCAACAUGCUUUGUCACAAAAGAGGAACUUUUCCUAAUUCCUGCAAACACCUGGAACAGUCAGAUUCUUUUUUCCUCCAGUCACAGCAUAAUAUUGAUAGUUUUUUUUUUUGGAAACAAAUCAACUUUUCAAGGACUUUUAAGCCCGUACCUCAGAGUAGACACGCUUUAAGCACAAGAGAAAAUCUUAGUAACAUAUCAUGUAUUAAAUGUUCAGUAUGUAAGUAAUUUGAAAAGAAUCAUAUACUGGAUUAAAAGAUGGCAUUUGACUGUGUGUAGAAGUAGGUUGUAAGCUCCGCCUCCUCCAUGUUAACUGAUGAGGUAUGGGUCAAUACAGAAAAUCAAAGUACAAGUCAAAUACAUUUGUCUCAAACAUAGCCUCUGUCAUCAGUGUUGAUUCGUAUCAUCCUGAUCUGAAUCCAAGUUGUCGUUUUCCCUAGAUGUUAAGUUUUAACUGGUUAUCUGAUGCCAAAAAGGGCAGAUGUAAUGUCAUGAUUGACAGCUUUCUUGACUAAUGUGGCUCCUGCAACAAUGAUGAAUGGAUCAGCAGAUCAGAAGCAGGUGGCAUAUUAAAAUAAGUUUUAAAAAGUUGUUGAUUAACUGUCAAUGUGUACUUCAAACGCAAGACUAUGUUCUACUGAAUACUGAGCCAAAUUUUUUGUAUUUGUAUGUUUCUGUUUAUUUUUUGUUGUAUUGCUGGAUGGCACAAGUGGGUUCUCCCUUCUAAAAUAAAGGGUAAUCAAUUAAAUAUUAAAAAAAUAAAUAAACUAGGGCUGCAAACACGGAAAGGGCCCCUCACACCUUCAUGCACCUCUGGGUUUGGUGCACGUCAGUCUUGUGGCACAUUCACUAAAUUACACUGCUUUGGGGAACUUUAUCAAUUCAAUUUCAAUUUCAAUUUGUUUUAUUGGCACAGAUCAGUUACUGCCAAAGCAGUGUUAAAACUAAAAAUGCAUUAAAUAUUUACACAGUAUAAAUUGGCAUAUUAAAAAAUUCCACAAAUAAUAUAUAAUGCAAUAAAUCUGAUUAAUUAGAUUAAACAAGACUAAAAAGCAUUAGAAAUAAAAACAAAGAAAGACAAAAUAAAAAUAAAUAUUAAAAAAUAAAUAAAUAAAAUUCAGUGUGUUUGUUGGGAAAAGACUGAUUGAUUAUCCCUCAGGCUAUGGCAGGAUUGAAUGUAUUUAGCAACAUCUAUACAGACGAUUCCAUGUUCUCCUAACAUGUAUAUCAUUUAAUGUUCAUCCUGUAGUAAAUUAAAGUGGGGAACCCUUUGUUUAAUUUGAUUAAUGAAUUCUUUCUGAUGUGUUCAUAUUUACUGCAGUGCAGCAGGAAGUGUGUUUCUAUUUCUACACAGUCUGUCCUCUCUAGGUAUCCAGGUGUGUCUGUGUCUACCUGUCUCUAUGUUCAGACGGUGAUCACUGAGUCCAUGGUCAAUGUCUUCCUCAGUUUCUCAUCAGUCACUAUGCUUAAUUAAUCUGUACAGUGUCUGUUCCCAGGAUCUUUACUUGCUGUCUGUCCCAAAGGUCAGAACUGAACUGGGAAAAAGGCAUUUAGAUAUGCUGCUCCCUCCCUGGAAUGAUUUAUAAAGAGUUAAAACCUAACAAACUGAUCUCAUCGAACACUUUUACGAGAAAGUUGAAAGACUUGGAGGCAGACACAUCUGGCUGGAGAUGCUUUGAUUAAUUCACAAUUAUGGCUGAUUCUGGUAAAUGGUUGCUGCUUAAAUUGUUGUGUGUGUACUUUUGCUGCAUGACUACAUAUCUUGUAUUAUGUUGUUUGUGUAUGACUCUGUUCACUGCUGCUGUCUUGGCCAGGACGCUCUUGAAAAAGAGAUUUUUAAUCUGAAUGAGGUUUUCUCCGGGUAAAAUGAAGGUUAAA